AUGGCAAUCCGUGUUUGUGUUGACAAGUUCGGUCGUCCAUCUGGUCGCACUGGCCCCGUGGGCCUUCUAUCUUACAAGGAGCCGACCCAUCCUCUUCCCGUCAAGUUGAUUAUCUGCCCGCCUCACACCGGCGGUCAUACUAGCCCACUCAAUACCCAGUUAAACAGGAGCGCUCAUUGGAUGCUCGCAUGGGAUAUUGGAUUUACUGGCAGCGGCAACGUAGCCCAGCGACGCUUCCAAAUCAUUCCAGAGGAACUACCCACCGGCGAAGAUCAUCUCACCAAUUGGGGCGGCCUCAUAGUGGCGGACAAUCCGGAGGACCAUCCCGAAAGGAUAUACAUCUCUAUCAAGGACAAGAUGACGUUCUCUCAGCGCCAAGUCCUAGGAGAAAUUGCCGAUGGAAUGCCUGUCCGACGUCCAGGAAGUGGGUGGAAUGGGCAAGACUGGUGCUUAGAGGUAUUAGCAGAGGCUUCCAAGCGGGGAAUCAUGGAAGAUGCAGAACUUCGCCGCGUUGCUCAGCUGGCUCUAUCUCCCUCUUUAAUUGCUCGUCUUUGA